AUGGAUCCAAGUUUAGUUUUAGAACAGACCAUACAGGAUGUGUCUAAUUUGCAAGCUGAAUUUCAAUAUAUGUUGAAGGAAAUCAGGAGAGCUGAUACCACAGCUAGUGAACAUAGGAAGAAAUUUUCACAGAAAGAUGUUCAAUUACAAAAAUUUGUGAAACAGAAAGGGUCUAUAACUGAGAAUCCUGAUGAAGACAAGCUUACUAAGGAAGUUCAUGAGGAGAUAGCCUCACUUGGGAAACUACAAGACGAAAAAUGCAUCCUUGCGAAUACUGCAUUAUUUCUUGUAUCGAGGCAUGUGGCCAAGCUAGAAAAGAAUAUAGCAAUACUAGAAGAAGAUGGUGUAUUGCCUCCCUUGGAGGAAACGAUAUUAAGUGGUUCAGAGCAAUCCAAGGAAUCGUCCGUAGGAAGUACAGGUGAUAGAAAGAAGAGAUCAGCUGUAUCAACAGCAACACCGGCAGCUUUAAAGAAGAAGAAAACUAACAGUAGUAUUAGUCUUCAGAAACCAUUAUCGCAACAGCAACUAUUGGGACAACAAUUACAAUCGCCACAAGUACCGGACACCAAUUUAGCAAAUGGGAUGGCAUCACGUUUCCAAUCUAAUAAUGUUGGUAAGCUGACAAAGGUGAAAGGUAGAGAUCCAAGAAUUAAGGGAGAUGGACAUUCUAUCGAAAAUGAUGAGGAGGACAAAACAUUGUAUUGUUUCUGUCAGCGUGUAUCAUUCGGUGAGAUGGUUGCUUGUGAUGGUCCAAACUGUAAAUAUGAAUGGUUCCACUAUGGUUGCGUGAACUUGAAGGAGCCACCAAAAGGGACGUGGUAUUGUCCAGAUUGUACUCAAGAGAUGGCCAAGAACAAGCAGAAAAGAAAGAGAAAUUGA